UGGUCUUGGGGUUGGAGUGCGAGGUGCUAGUGUCAGGAGUCAGGAUGCGACAAUUUGACUCAGUAUGGCACGCCUACAUCUCGCUCGCGGGUCUCGCGUUGUCGAUGGCCCCGAAGUCCCGACCUGACUCGUUCAAGGUUAUCGUGAUUGGACCCGUGCCCACUCACCUCGUGUCUGUCAGCGCGCUGCUGAAGCUGAUGGUCUCGGCUGUCAGACGGACCGAUGCACGCGCUAGGAAGAGCCUCUGUAAUCCGUAUAUGCAAGAUUACAUGCCUGGGACCUAG